AUGUCCGCAGCUCAGAAAGUGCAGCAACACCCCGUCAUCGUCGAUGCCCAGAACAAGGCCGCCUACUACGUAAACCAGCUCGACAAAGAGCUCAACAAGUACCCUGUCCUCAUCACCCUCGAGCGUCGCACAGACAUUCCCAAGGUCUACACCGUCCUCGGCGCCUUUGCCCUCCUCGCAGCCCUUCACCUCAUCAACCCCCUCGCAGCCCCCGUCUCAAACCUCAUCGGCUGGGGCCUCCCCGCCUACCUCUCCUUCAAGGCCAUCGAGUCCCCACAGACACAGGACGACGUCCAGUGGCUCACCUACUGGACCGUCUUCGGCUUUUUCAAUUUCCUUGAGAGCUUCGCCCUCCGCGCCCUCCUCUACUACGUCCCCUGGUAUUUUGCCUUCAAGACCGUUUUCAUUGUCUGGCUGCAGCUCCCCGCGUUUAGGGGCGCACAAUCGAUGUAUCACACCAUCCUCAAGCCGAUCGUGUCCAACCUCGGUAAUGCUCAGGUAGUCGCGCCCCACCCAGACACCACCGCCGACAACCUCCGCGAUCGCGCCCAGGCCGCCACAUCCGAGUGA